UCUCUGUCUCUCUCCCUUAGGCUGGUUACAGCAUCCUGGGACCAGACCCUAAAUGCAUGGGACCUGGAGACUGGCAAGAUCAUUUGGACUGCAGCUCAGGGUGGUCUCCUGACCUCAUGUAGCGUCUCAGGGGAUGGGAAGUACGUCGUCUCCUCCUCUGACCUGGAGAAUGCAAUCUGCCUGACCUCAGCUGAUACAGGGGAGAGGCUCUUCCACAUCAAAGAUCACCACAAGUCUACGAUCACGCGGUGCCGCUUUGACCCUCAGAGUCAGCACGUAGCCAGUGUCUCUGAAGACAGAACCAUCAAACUGUGGGACCUGGUCUCCACCCAAACCACCCUCUCCAUCAACAGCACCCACACCAACGUCAUCUCUAACUGCUGUUUCACUGCUAACGGCCGCUACUUGUGCACGGCGUCAUGGGACAAGACACUGCAGCUGUGGGACGUCCAGACGGGAACGUUCCGUUCCCACGGUGGCCUGACCCUUAGCAAGGGACACGACGGAUCCGUCAGCUCCUGCACCUUCUCCGAGGACGCGUCAGUCCUUGUAUCGGGUGCAUAUGAUAGAACAGUGGCUGUGUGGGACAUGGAGGCUCUCUGCAAGACCCUGGAGUUGAAGGGACAUGUGGAUUGGGUGACAGAUGUGGCAAUCAGUGCUGACAAGAAAUGGGUGGCCUCCGCUUCCAAGGACACCACUGUCAGGUUGUGGAAUAUAGAACACUCUGAAGAGAUACCUUGCGUUAUUGAGACCAGGAAGGCUCAGGGAAUGGGCUAUCGUAUCCUCAAGUGUGAGGAGUGUGGAAAGGCUUUCUCCAUUUGUCGACUGGAGAACUCCGACUUGGUCACAAAGUGUGUGUUCUGCCGGCUGAAGACAGCAACCAGAUCCCAUCUUCAGCCUCCUCCUCUGUUGUCUAUGAAUUGAAUGUAUUAUUUUCUAGUCCUUGUACGUUACUGUAUAAAACUAGGUCCUGUGUUUAGUGUGUACUGUAUCGAGUUAAAGCUAUACUUGUUCAUUCAUUUUGUCAGAAAAUAACUAAAGUAUCUA